AUGGCCGGAAGAAAUACAGACCGAAAACCUAAAUUAAAAGAACCGAAGAAUAUCGCUGAACAUAAUGAUACAGCGGCGUUUACAUUACCAGACAGCCUGCCUUGUUCAGAAGUUGAUUUCCCAAUACUAAUUAAGAGGAAGCCAAAGGCAAACUGGAAUGAUAUCAUCAACGAAAGUGACGAAUGGCGCAAUCAAUUGGAAGAAUAUAGCCAGAGCAAACAAGUACCCGCACCCAAAUCACCGUUCCUCAAAACUGAAGCUGAUUAUAUUAAAAAUGAAGUAUUUGUACAUCUCAUACCUGCCCUAGUGGAAACUCUCAAUAAAGCUAAGAUCUGGGAGGCGUUUACAAGAAACAAAUGUUUCUUUAACGGAAUAGAUCAUAUUGUACAGGUACUAUGGAACAAUAACCCUCGCUACCCAGGACGAAAGGACAUGAAUUUACAUUUAUUCAAUAUGCCUUGGGUUAGAAAGGCUCUCAAGAAGGACGUUUUCACCUGCCCCGCUGGGCUUGUCAGAAUCUUAUUGACUAAACUGGCUACUCCGUUCCUUCUUCUGGUCCGAGCCAGCCGCGUUGAAUUAUUACGUUUGUACCCCCAUGAAAUUUCCAAUGAUGGUUCCAGGCCUCGUCCUUAUUACCCGAAGUCCUGGUUGUGGCCGGAGGAAUAUGCUGCCACUCUCAUACAGAAAACUGUGCGCCAAUACUUCGUACAACGACAGGAAGAAGUGCAAGAAAUGCGCGAAUUUUGGAAGAAACUUGAAGUGGAACGCCAAAUUCCUGAAAUGGAGGUAAAUCCAUUUUUGGCCAAGGCAUUUGCAUCAGCUUCUCAUAUGAAAAAAUCAUAA